AUGAGCCAACCGGGCGACUACGACGCUGUGCGCAAGGAUAUUGUCGCACAGCUCAAGAAGCCUGAUUAUGACGAUGGUAGUGCAGGCCCAGUCUUUGUUCGUCUAGCCUGGCACUCUGCCGGUACCUAUGACGCAAAAUCCGACACCGGGGGCUCGAAUGGCGCUGGAAUGCGAUACGAAGCUGAAGGCGGCGAUCCAGCCAAUGCGGGACUGCAGGUUGCCCGGGCGUUUCUCGAACCGGUGAAAGAGCGACACCCGUGGAUUACAUACUCGGACCUCUGGACACUGGCGGGUGCAGUGGCAGUGAAGGAAAUGGGCGGACCUGACGUGAAAUGGCUGCCAGGAAGGACUGAUUUCGUAGAUGACAGCAAGGUGCCCCCGCGCGGCCGACUGCCGGACGCUGCCCAGGGUGCUGACCAUCUCCGCCACAUCUUCUACCGGAUGGGGUUCAACGACCAGGAGAUCGUCGCCCUGUCCGGAGCACACAACUUGGGACGCGGCCACAAGGACCGCAGUGGCUUUGACGGGCCCUGGGUGAACAACCCCACGCGCUUCUCUAACCAAUACUUCCGGCUUCUCCUGAACCUGGACUGGAAGCCUCGCACAUUGUCCAACGGAGUCAAGCAGUUCAACUACAGCGACCCGGAUGCCGCCGAAGACGAAAAGGAGGAGCCACUGAUGAUGCUACCGACGGACGUGUCCCUCCUCUCGGACAACUCGUUCUUGCCAUGGGUUAAGAAAUAUGCAGAGGACAAGGAGCUCUUCUUCCAGCACUUUGCCGACGUGUUCGCCAAGCUCCUCGAACUGGGUAUCCGGCGCGACGACAAAGGCAGUGUGGUCAACACGGACAAUGUGCGCGGAGGAUAUGUGUCCGCGCCGAAGAAAAGCUCCGUUCCAGAGGGCCCGGUCAAGUCGGAAGACCAGAGACAGCAAAUCGCGGCGCGGGCGAGACUAUAA